CACGCACCAGCCGCACUGGAACUGCCCGUCGUGCAAGACGGAGGUAACGAAAGGAGCGUGUCUCCCUCUCAACUCUGGCCGUGGUUUGGGGCUGGUUUCCACCUCAGGGACGACUGUGUCGCUGCGUGUAAACCUCGGAAGAGACUGUUCUACCCGCAGUGCCGCUGAGUUGUCGGCCGUCUGUGUCAGUACACCGAAAACAAGAUUCGUAUUCUGCUGCAACCACUGCUCCCUUCUCAGGCAUCCUCCCUGCCGACAGACAUCGGGAGACGGGUGCUGUGGCACUGAUGCCAGACGCUCUCUUGCUGUUGUGUGGCGUGGGAGUCGGCGAAGGAGGCCGUGGGUAGGCUACAGGAUCAUGUCUUUGGGUUGAUUUUGCAUCUGUAUCGUUUGACUGGUCGCUUGCUUGAAGUCGCAGGUGGGGAUCAGCUAUUUCUGUGGAUUCUUUGACAUUCACGCACCUUCCAAGUGUAGGACUAUUCUAAUGAUUCCUUGCAUUGGUAUUUUUGCUUAGCCUGCGUAAAAUGGGGAAUAGUUUUUCUAACAUCGCCGCAUUUCAGUCCCUGCACAUAGUGAUGUUAGGACUAGAUUCUGCGGGCAAAACGACUGUCCUCUAUCGACUCAAGUUCAACGAAUUUGUCAACACUGUUCCUACCAUCGGAUUCAACACCGAAAAGAUUAAACUGAGCAAUGGCACCGCGAAGGGUAUUAGUUGUCACUUUUGGGAUGUGGGUGGCCAGGAGAAGUUGCGACCUCUGUGGAAGUCGUACAGUAGGUGCACGGAUGGAAUCAUAUACGUUGUGGACUCCGUGGAUGUGGACAGAUUGGAGGAGGCAAAGACAGAGCUACACAAAAUCACCAAAUUUGCCGAAAAUCAGGGGACUCCUCUCCUGGUGAUUGCAAAUAAGCAGGAUCUUCCGAGAUCUCUUCCUGUUUCCGAUAUUGAGAAACACCUGGCUCUUCACGAGCUCAGCCCGUCCACCACGUACCACGUCCAACCCGCAUGCGCCAUAAUUGGCGAGGGACUUCACGAGGGUAUGGACAAAUUGUAUGAAAUGAUUGUGAAACGGAGAAAAAGUUUGAAGCAGAAGAAGAAACGAUAACGGCUCAAUAAUGACAUCAUGAUAUCACUAGAAAAAAGAAAUGUAACAUUGCUGCUGCUUGAGGAUGCUGUGUUUGGCAGGAUUGAAGAGAUUUUGUGUGUGCCGUGAUUAAGUUUUAAUUAUUCUAAUUAUUCAAGAUUUAUUGUAAUUAUUGCUGAUUUUCAGCGUGUUGCAAGUUAAAAAGAAUGGAACUUAAAUGCUGUUGCCAACCACCUUUAGUUAACUAAGUUUAGGAAAAGCAACUGGCAUUCACAAUCAAAAAAAGUUUAAACGGGCUGGUUCCUGUUCGUUGCUGCUUGACAAUUUCAAAAAGUUGGUGUCACGGUUAGUAUGUGAAUGGUGAUAGCCUUGAAGCGUCCCCCGUAAAGACCACAUCCCACACAGCAUCACUAGUGGCUAUCUCACAACAGUGAUCCAUUGUUUGUAUUUUUGUUUUGUGUUCUUUUGUAUCUUUUAGUGACAUGCAGAAGAUUUGUUUUACUGUACUGACUCCUCUCACCCACGUUGCACAUCAUGCCUAUAGCUGAGUGGUUAGAUCCCAGGAAGCAGGUGGUACUGGAAGUGAUCUGGCCCAGACAUGGCAAGACUGGGUGUGUCCCAGGCCAGACAGACCAGCACCAGGGUCAUCUCCUAGCAGGGUUAGGGUUUGCCUUUAUUUUCUAUGACUGUAAAUCACUUGCCCUCUGAAUGCCUUUUGGGUUAUGAGUCGUGAUUUUUGAGAAGGCUGCCAUAUUUAUUUCAUGUUCAAGAUGUUCAUAGUGCACAUCGGAGCACUUUCCAGAUGUUGUCUAGUACACCUUAUGAUUUAAAGUUGGACUGUUCAUUGCACACAAAACCAAAAAGUUUUUAUUUACAUUUUUAUAUCCUAAAGUGUUUGCAGUAAGAUUGUGUGACGCUGAUGACGAUACUGCUCCCUAAGUGAAGAUUGCACCUGGGUAUUGUUUAAAAUUGAUGUAGAAGCAAAAAGAAAUAAAAAAGAGAUGACUAAGCUUUA